AGGGUUCCGACUUAGUUUCCCGUGAUCUUUCUGCAUUGUAUCAAGUAAUCAAGCAUCAUGUUUGUCGUUCGUCGAUCCGCUUCUCUCGCGCAACAACUGCCCCGAAGCGCGAGGAAAAUCAACAAGACCGCGAUUGCCGCAUUGAGCAUCGAUGGUUCCGGCAAGGCCUCCGGUGUACAAAAGAGGACCUUCGCUACCGGUAAUGUGGCCAAGGCAGCGGAAGUUUCGUCAAUUCUUGAAGAACGCAUCUUGGGAGCUUCUUCGAAAAUCGAUCUGGAAGAAACCGGUCGCGUGCUUAGCAUCGGAGAUGGUAUCGCUCGUGUCUACGGCCUGAAGAACAUCCAAGCGGAGGAAAUGGUGGAGUUUUCCUCUGGCCUGAAGGGAAUGGCCCUCAACUUGGAACCUGACAACGUUGGUGUCGUCGUGUUCGGUAACGACAAGCUCAUCAAGGAAGGCGAUAUCGUUAAACGUACUGGUGCUAUCGUCGAUGUUCCCGUGGGCGAUGGUUUGCUUGGCCGUGUCGUGGAUGCCCUGGGUAACCCGAUCGAUGGCAAAGGUGCCCUCAACUCCAAGUCGAGGUCUCGAGUCGGAGUGAAAGCUCCGGGUAUCAUUCCACGUAUCAGUGUGAGGGAGCCGAUGCAAAGUGGCAUCAAGGCCGUGGAUUCGCUGGUGCCCAUUGGACGUGGACAGCGAGAACUGAUCAUUGGUGAUCGACAGACCGGAAAAACUGCGAUUGCCAUUGAUACGAUCAUCAAUCAGAAAAGAUUCAAUGAUGGCGCUGACGAGAAGAAGAAGCUGUAUUGCAUCUACGUUGCUGUUGGACAGAAGCGAUCGACUGUUGCGCAGAUUGUGAAGCGUCUCACUGAUUCUGACGCGAUGCGUUACACGAUCGUUGUGUCAGCUACUGCAUCCGACGCAGCUCCCCUGCAAUACUUGGCACCGUACACCGGAUGCGCCUUGGGCGAAUUCUUCCGCGACAACGGCAAACACGCGUUGAUCAUCUUCGACGACUUGUCCAAGCAGGCCGUCGCCUACCGCCAGAUGUCUCUCCUUUUGCGUCGUCCCCCGGGUCGUGAAGCCUACCCCGGCGACGUUUUCUAUCUCCAUUCUCGACUCCUGGAACGUGCUGCCAAGAUGAACGAGACGCACGGCGGAGGAUCCUUGACUGCCUUGCCCGUCAUCGAGACUCAGGCUGGUGACGUGUCCGCUUACAUCCCGACAAACGUCAUUUCCAUCACGGAUGGCCAGAUCUUUUUGGAGACUGAGUUGUUCUACAAGGGUAUCCGACCAGCCAUCAACGUCGGUUUGUCUGUAUCUCGGGUCGGGUCAGCAGCCCAGACCAAGGCCAUGAAGCAGGUCGCUGGUAGCAUGAAGCUGGAAUUGGCACAAUAUCGUGAAGUUGCCGCAUUUGCACAGUUCGGCUCUGACUUGGAUGCUGCUACCCAGCAGUUGCUGAACCGUGGUGUGAGGUUGACUGAGUUGCUGAAGCAGGGGCAAUAUGUGCCAAUGGCUAUCGAAGAACAGGUUGCGAUUAUUUACUGUGGAGUUCGAGGCUACUUGGACAAAGUUGACCCAUCGAAGAUCACGGCUUUCGAAAAGGACUUCAAGGCCCAUAUUAUUGCAUCUCAUCGGGAUGUUCUCGAUACGAUUGCGAAAGAAAACCAACUUUCGCCGGCCACAGAUGCCAAGUUGAAGGAGAUCGUGUCCAAGUUUGUCGCUGGCUGGAGUGGCUAAGAAGUUAACGUCAAGACGAGAAGCAGAGAAAGAUGUAGAUCGGCCUGCUGGGUGCCGAAAAAGAAGAAGAAGAAGCGAGAGAGCGGAGAAAGUUCUUUAGCCAGCUUUGGAACCUUUUAAUUUUUUUCCCCUUCCCUGUGGAUUACAUUCUCUUGUUUGUUUUUAUCUGGUUCACGAACAGCUGAGCCUUGGUAUUGUUCAGCCGCUUGAGUUAAAGGAAGAUAAUUCUUCUUCGGAUCCGCUGAUUUUUUUUUUUGAGAGAGUAGGUGUACCGGGAUAAUGUGGAAUACACGUUGAAUGCGGUUUGAUGUCUCGUGAU